GGCGAGACAUGACUCGCUGGUUCUGUCCUCAUCGACGAAUGCUCAUGCGACGCAAGUAAAUUCGGGCGACCUGCAUACGGAACCACGCCACCUGCUACUUUCACCUCGACACAGCCUUUUCAGACCCGACUGCCCCGCGCUGAAGCUCAUGGCCCGGUAGCGACAGAGCUUGGAGACGUAUUGCGGGAACGAAAGACACCCAGCAGCAGCCAUGGAGAAAUACUCGCAAUUCAGGGAUAAGGGCACCGCAAUCGCGCCCUUCCUCCCCAUUCCUUCGCCCCCCGCAAGCCUCUUCUGGACACCCAUUCACGCCAUCCUCUUCGCCGUCCGCCUCUUCCCCGUCCUCUCGAUCUCCCUCUUCUACUUUCUCCUCCUUGAGAUCCUGCCGAUCCCUACCACGCUCAAGAAAUGCGUCCUCUGGCUGCUCCUCGCAGUCCCUGGCGUAUGGUGGGUCGACCUGCAAGUCGACGGCGUCAAGCGCGGCCGCCUCUCUGAUAAACAAGCUGCGGGCGCGCUCCCAUCCGCCGGGGAUGUCGUCGCAAGCAGCUUCACGAGCCCGCUCGACCCGCUGUACCUCGCCGGCAUCUUCCACCCUGUGUUCGUGCGGACAUGGCCCGCCGAGAAGGGCGUGCAGGUCAUCACCCUCUGGGGCGCUAUCUGCAUGGCCUUUUCGCGCCCGCAGAUCGCGCCGCCUCCGGGCACGAAGCUCGUGCAGCUGAGCGAGCUGAGUAAGAGAUAUCCCGACAGCAUCAUCUGCGUGUUCCCAGAGAGCACAACGACCAACGGCCGCGGCAUCCUCCCGCUAUCUCCUGCGCUCCUCACGCUCGAUCCUACGUCCAAGAUAUACCCUGUCAACCUGCGCUACACCCCCGGCGACAUCACCACGCCUGUCCCCGGCGCCGCGGCAAACUGGGUCUGGAAGUUGCUCUCAAAGCCGACGCAUCAGAUGCGCGUGCGGAUUGCGCGGCCGCUGUAUAAUUCUACGUCCAUCGAUACGCCGAGGAGUGAGAAGGCGAACGCGAGCGCUGUGGACAAGAAUAUGGGGUACGAAACGAAUAUCUGGGACAGUCCGGGUUUGAGGAACGGGCUACAUGCCGGGUGGGAAGGGAAGGCGAAGGGAGAGGAGGACGGGCAGAAGAUGUUGGAUCGGGUUGGCGAGGAUCUUGCGAGGCUGGGGAGAGUGAAGCGCGUGGGGCUGGGGUUGAAGGAGAAGGUGGAGUUCGUGAAGGUUUGGAAAAGUAGGCGGAGAUAGAGAGUCGGAGCCGUCGAGAGAUUGUAGAGUGAUGGGUUUGCGGGGUGGUGUUGGGGCUGUUGUGAUGCAUUUACAGGUGCAUUGGCGAUGGAAAGUAUGGUUUGCACUAUGACUUUUUCCUGGCAGCAAUUUGGGAAGUUACAUGUAGCGAUACUUAACAGCGGGACGAUAUAUUACGCAAAAGCUCC